AUGAACUCUCUCCAGGAAAAGAGCAGGAUAUACCAGGCCUUCAAGAGAGGUGGUCCGAGUUUCGGAGGAUGGCAGAUGCUUCCCGGGACCAACUCAUCUCGAGCUAUCGCGAGGUCAGGUGUAGACUGGAUCUGUGUCGAUUGUGAGCAUGGCAACAUCGACGAUGGACAAAUGCACGAAGCCGUUGUAGCGAUAGCUGCAACAGGAGUCAGUCCAAUCGUCCGCAUCACUGCCAACGAACCCUGGAUGGUCAAACGUGCACUCGAUGCCGGAGCCCAUGGAAUUGUAGUCCCCUUAAUCUACACAGUAGACGACGCCAAACGACUCGUCUCAUCUGCGAAAUUCCCACCAGAAGGCACUCGAGGUUUUGGAUCGCCAUUCUCGCCCCAGACCUUCUCAAAUGAAACAAUGACAUAUUACCUCCAAAACGCGAACUCAACUCUAAUCACCAUUGUCCAGAUCGAGACCAAGUCUGCCUUGGAACAGGUCCGAGAGAUUGCCGCACUCCCAGGUGUCGACUGUCUCCUCAUCGGCCCCUUCGACUUGGGAAAUAACAUCGGCAGGCCCAUCCUGGCUGAAGGCAUGCACCCAGAGCUUGUCUCUGCCAUCGAUUCCAUCAAGGAGGCUGCCCAUGCAGAGGGCAAGAAGGUGGGUAUCUAUUGCACCAGUGGCGAGCAGAGCAGGAUGUACGCAGAGAAAGGGUUCGAUGUCAUCAGUAUCGCGGCGGAUGUUCUGGCAUUACAGGCGCAAUUCUCCGAGACGCUGAGGAUUGCUCAGGGUGGAAAGGUUGGUGAGGCAAAGGGGACGGGGGCGGGAUAUGAUGGGAAGUAG